AUUAUUGACUUGCCUGUGGAUCCAUAAUUUCCAAGCCCCCCCCCCCUCCCCAUUGUUAAAUCAAUUCAAGACAAUGACAGUUUAAGACCAAAACCCACGCCCACGACUGCUAUGCCUGUCAUCCACUCCCCUUCCCUGCUUUCCAUGUUCUCGGAAUCACGAUCUCCAUAGUCAAAACCAAAACCAAAGAAAAAAAUUAUCUUCCUGCUGAAACUAAUUCUUUCCACCCGGAUCCAAUCAACAUCCUCCACCCCCUUGUUAACUAUAUAUUUAUUAUUCAAUCACAGAACUGAUUAAUUAGUGAAUUAACAGAUCUUGAGUUGCUUGAUCCAUCCAUCCCUCACCUGAGCUCCUGUUCCAUGGACUUUCUUAUACUGUAUCUGUAUGUGGUGCUGCUGCUCUCACCAGCACUAGUACAAGGGCAACAAACCUAUUUAGCCAACCACCAACUGGACUGCUACAACAAUGCCUUCAAUGAAACGACCAAGGGAUUUCUGUGCAACGGAGUUCAAUCAUCAUGCCAAUCCUACCUCACCUUCCGAUCUAUGCCUCCCUACAAUUCUCCUGUCCUUAUUGCCUAUCUCUUAGGCGUCCCACAAUCCGCCACUCUCAUCGCCUCCAUAAAUAACCUCUCCUCUGACACUGCCGCUAUUCCCACCAACUCCCAGGUCGUGGUUCCAGUCAACUGCUCCUGUUAUGCCCGUCAAUAUUACCAGCACAAUUCCACCUAUCUGCUCAAGGACAAAUCCGAAACCUACUUCAGCGUGGCCAACAACACCUACCAAGGCCUCACCACAUGCCAGUCCUUGAUGUCUCAGAAUCCAUACGGCGAUCGGAAUCUGUCAGUCGGUCUCAAUCUCCAAAUACCCCUGAGGUGUGCUUGCCCAACUUCCAACCAGAAUGCUUCAGGGAUCAACUACUUGCUCACCUACAUGGUCACUUGGGGCGAUUCGGUCUCUUCCAUUGCCCAGCUGUUUGGCGUUGACGAGCAGAGGGUACUUGAUGCAAACAAGCUGUCUUCCUCCAAUAUCAUUUUCCCCUUCACUCCGAUUCUGGUUCCUCUGCCCACUGAGCCCACCAAAAUUGAACAGCCAUUGCCCCCCCCCCCCCCUGCCGCACCAUCUCCGCAGACUCCCAAUGUUUCCGUUGGGGGCUCUUCCGAUCACAAAGCCUUGUAUGUGGGUGUUGGGAUAGGAGCUGCUUUCCUCAUUCUUCUACUUGCUGCGUUUGGAUUUCUGUUUUGGCACCGCAAAUCUCGUAAGCAACAGAAGCCUGUCUCCGCGUCAGAACCCGAAACGCUGCCAUCAGUCUCUACUGAUUUCACUGUACUUCCAGUCUCCAACAACAAAUCUUGGUCUCUCUCUUCUCAUGACGCCCGAUAUGCUAUUGAGUCCUUGACUGUCUACAAAUACCAGGACUUACAAGUGGCCACCGGGUACUUCGCCGAAGCUAAUCUGAUCAAGGGCUCGGUUUAUAGGGGAUCUUUCAAGGGUGACACAGCCGCAGUCAAGGUCGUGAAAGGAGAUGUCUCCAGUGAGAUCAACAUUUUGAAGAUGAUCAAUCACUCCAACGUCAUCAGGCUCUCUGGUUUCUGCUUACAUGAAGGCAACACUUACCUUGUUUAUGAGCACGCCGACAAUGGCUCUCUCACUGAUUGGCUUCACUCUAACAACAUGUACCGAAUUCUUGCUUGGAAGCAGAGAGUUCGGAUUGCCUACGAUGUGGCUGAUGCCCUCAAUUACCUUCACAACUACACCAACCCGUCCUAUAUCCAUAAGAACUUGAAGACCAGCAACAUUCUUUUGGAUGCCAACUUGAGAGCCAAGGUUGCUAAUUUCGGCUUGGCAAGAACACUGGAAAAUGACCAAGAUGGUGGACUGCAACUGACAAGACAUGUGGUAGGCACUCAAGGUUAUUUGGCCCCCGAGUACAUCGAGAAUGGAGUUAUCACCCCGAAAUUAGAUGUUUUUGCUUUCGGGGUUGUGAUGUUGGAGCUCUUAUCUGGGAAGGAUGCAGCUGCUACAGCUACUGACAAGAGUGCAGGAGACGACUUGCUCUCUGUAAUGAUAAUGCGUGUGCUUGAGGGGGACAAUGUGAGAGAGAAACUCUCUGCCUUCUUGGACCCUUGCCUAAGAGACGAGUACCCCUUGGAUCUAGCUUUCUCAAUGGCCCAACUGGCUAAAAGCUGUGUCGAGCAUGAUCUCAAUACACGACCUUCAAUGUCUCAAGUUUUCAUGAUGUUGUCCAAGAUCCUUUCGUCUUCGUUGGACUGGGAUCCAUCCGAUGAGCUCAAUGGAUCUAGGUCUAUAGACAGUGGCAGGUAGAUAAAUAAUAGCACGUUUCAAUUCACAUCAGUAUUAAGAACAUGAAAUAGCAGGUAGAUAGAGCACAAGGCUACUUCUCACAUAUCAGUGAAGCCAUUACGUUUUCUCUGACAUGCCAAUGUUGUUGGCAUUAGCUAUUACAUUUUAUCAGACAUGCAACUGGACACCUGAAAUGUACUUUCUUAACACAACUUGUUCCCAAGAGUGUCAUUGUCACUGUCUUCUUAUU